AUGCUUAGGUUCCACAUAAGAAAAAUGUCUUCAGUGCCAAAACCAAUUUAUCCUUCAGAGUUUGUUAACUUUCUAAACGCAUCUCAUUCGCCUUAUCAUGCUGUACAUUCUAUUAAAUCUCAUUUGAAUAGUAAUGGGUUUGAGGAAUUGUCAGAACGUGAUCAGUGGAAUGGAAAAGUCAACCAUAUGGGCAAAUAUUAUGUUACCAGAAACAACUCUUCUAUCAUUGCAUUCGUGAUUGGCAAUAAAUGGCAACCGGGAAAUCCAUUGGCUAUUGUCGGGGCACAUACUGAUUCUCCCGUGUUAAGAAUUAAACCUAUCUCCAAGAGAAUUUCUGAAAAUUAUACUCAGAUUGGUGUGGAAUGCUACGGUGGCGCAAUAUGGCACUCGUGGUUUGAUUCUGAUUUAUCAAUCGCUGGUAGGGUUAUGGUCAAUGACAACAAGACUGGUAGAGUUGUUGCAAAGCUUAUUGAUUUAAACAAACCUUUACUUAAGAUCCCAACAUUGGCAAUUCAUUUGGAUAGAACAGUUAAUGAAAAAUUCGUUUUUAAUAAGGAAACCAACUUAUUACCAUUAGCUGGUCUAGCUAGGGAUUCAGAAGUUGCUGAUAAAACUUCUUAUAAAACGAAAGAAAAUGAAUCAAAUGAUGAUGCGUUUAGUUCAAUUAAGUCAAUUGUAGAAAGACAUAAUAAAGAGUUAUUGGAUUUAAUUGUACAAGAAUUGAAACUAGCAUCUGUCGAAGAAAUCGAAGAUUUCGAAUUGAUUCUUUAUGAUAAUAAGGCGUCAUGCUUAGGUGGGUUAAAGGAAGAAUUUAUUUUCUCAGGCAGACUAGAUAAUUUAACUUCUUGCUUUACUGGUAUGCAUGCCCUAACUGAGGCUGCGGACUUGGAUAUUGAGAAUGAAAAGGGUAUUAGACUAUUUGGUAGUUUUGACCAUGAGGAAAUUGGUUCCUCUUCUGCCCAAGGGGCAGACUCUAAUUUUUUACCGAAUAUUAUGGAAAGAUUAUGUUCAUUGAAGGCAGAUAAUACAGAUAUUGAUUCUCCAUUGGUUAAAUCAUUGAUUUUAGAAAGUUCGGCAAAGUCAUUCUUUUUAUCCUCUGAUGUUGCUCAUGCCGUUCACCCAAAUUAUGCCAGCAAGCACGAAUCAAAACAUAAGCCAAUCAUUGGUUCUGGUCCUGUUUUGAAGAUUAACGCAAACCAGCGUUAUAUGACCAAUUCUCCAGGGAUAGUGCUAGUGAAGAAAAUAGCCGAUACUGCUAAGGUCCCAUUACAACUAUUUGUAGCUGCAAAUGAUUCUCCUUGUGGUUCGACUAUUGGUCCAAUUUUGGCGUCUAAAACAGGUAUAAGAACAUUGGAUUUGGGUAACCCAAUUUUAAGCAUGCAUUCAAUCAGAGAAACUGGUGGUGCAACUGAUCUUGAAUAUCAAAUUAAAUUAUUCCAAGAGUUUUUUAGAUCUUAUAGUACUUUAGAAUCAGAAAUAAUCGUAUAG